UUGCUCUGAGUCUCACUGUGUCUCGUAUCCCUCCACAGUGCAGACUCGAAAACUCUUGCACACACUCUUAGACACACACCUGACUGAGCAUAGUUUAAGAGCAAAAAAGUCAAUAUUUGACCAGAGCAGACAGGAGAGAAGAAACAAGAGACAGAAGAGAAAAGUAUUUUAAUCUUUUUGGGGAGGGGGUAGGACUUUGAACUUGGACAAGAGGACGAAAAGGCUUUUUUUUUCUUUGUUGGCUUGUUUUUUUUCCCCUAACAGGUGGAUACCAGACAAAGGAGGAAAUAACUUUUCUUAUUUUUCCGUCUUAUUGUUGGACUUUUGGACUUGGACUGGGCGAAAGCAGACUAAGAGGGAGGAGAUGGGGAGAUGGACCUUACAUCUCUUAGUGGGGCUCGGCAUUAUGGUCGCCCUGCUGACCUGUUGUUAUGCUGAGGGGAACUACUGCUUUGCUUCGAGGGCUAAGACAUGCUCAGAGUGUCUGCAGACAGGGAAAGGCUGCGCCUACUGCCCUGAAGAGACAUUUAAUGGUCCCCGGUGUGACCUGUAUGAGAACAUGGUCGCCCAUGGCUGCAGAGCUGCAGCUAUCAUUACCGCCAAAAGCAGUGUGACAAUAGACAAAGCUCAAGCAAUUGAUGUGAAAAUCCAGCAGUCUCAAGUGUCACCGCAGCAGGUGAGCAUGGCCUUACUGCCAGGAGAUGAGAGACUGAUGGAUGUGCAGGUGUUUGCUCCAACCAGAGGCCCUUUAGAUCUUUAUAUUCUUAUGGAUUUCUCAAACUCUAUGGAGGAUGAUUUAGACAACUUGAAGAGAAUGGGCAACCAGCUAGCCGGCCUGGUGGAGAAGCUGUCAGAUGACCACACCAUUGGAUUUGGAAAGUUUGUGGACAAAGUGAUUGAGCCUCAGACUGACAUGAGACCUUCCAAACUUGCUCAGCCAUGGCCCAACAGUGACCCUCCGUUCUCUUUUCAAAACGUCAUCAAACUGACCAGCGAUGUGCCCUCCUUUGUCCGUGAGCUCCAGAAGGAAAAAAUAUCCGGCAAUCUGGAUGCUCCUGAAGGAGGGUUUGAUGCCAUUUUGCAGGCUGCAGUGUGUGGGGAUAAGAUCGGCUGGCGCGAAUACAGCACACAUCUCCUGGUGUUCUCCACGGAGUCAGCCUUCCACUACGAGGCAGAUGGUGCAAAUGUGCUGUCUGGCAUCCUCCCACGUAACGACGAGCUCUGCCACCUGGACGCAGAUGGCAAAUACACAGAGGCUACAAAGCAGGAUUACCCUUCAAUACCCACACUGGUCCGUCUGCUGGGAAAGCACAACAUCAUCCCCAUCUUCGCUGUCACUAACCAUUCUUACACAUAUUACAAGAAACUCCAAGAGUAUUUCCCCAUUGCUGAAAUUGGGAUACUUCAAGAAGACUCAUCCAACAUUCUACAGAUCAUGGAGACUGCCUUUGAGAAUAUUCGCUCUAAGAUGAGCAUCCGUGCAGAGGACAGACCCAAAUCUUUUGAGACUCAGUUCUUGACCACCAGUGGAGAGGUUGUACCAUACGGCGCCUUCAACGUAAAGCCUGGAGAUAUUGGUUCUUUCAAGAUGCGGCUCAAAGCCAAACGAACAAACAACGAUGAGCUUGUCUGCAAGAUGGCUCCAGCUGAGAAAGACGGCACAAUGAGAAUCAAACCUACAACCUUUAACACUGGCGUCACUUUGAAUGCCUCAGUUCUGUGUCCAGUAUGUGACUGUGAGAAGACCCCCAUCCCUAAAGCAGAUAGAUGCCACGGCAAUGGGGACUUGGUUUGUGGGAAAUGUCAGUGUCGUGAGGGCUGGCAGGGACCCUUCUGUAACUGCUCAUCGACCGCUUCCGCUCUGGACACCAACCAGUGCAUUGGUCCUGGCAUGAAAGAGCCUUGUUCAGGCAACGGAGACUGUCUGGCAUGUGGAACUUGUGUUUGCUACAACCCUGAUCAGUUUGAAGGCGCCUACUGUCAGUAUGACAAGACCCAGUGUAAAAGACAUUCAGGCUUUCUUUGCAAUGACCGUGGCUCAUGUGUUAUGGGUCAGUGUGCAUGUACUGACGGUUGGGAGGGCAAUGCCUGCCAGUGUCCCAAGAGCAAUCAGACCUGUCUGGACAGCAAGGGGGAUGUCUGCAGCGGGCGGGGUAAAUGCGUCUGCGGCCGUUGCGAGUGUGAAGACUUUGGUCAUGAGAUGACUUCAACCUGUGAGCCAACCUUUCAGUUUCAGUUUGGUAUGUGUGAGGGUGCGAGGACUUGCGCUCAAUGUAAAGCUUGGAAAACGGGAGAGAAGAGGGACCAAAAGGAGUGUGACAAGUGCCAAUUUAAAGUUAUUAUGGUGGAUGAGCUGAAAGAAAGAGAGGACGUGCUUGAUUCUUGCUCUUUCCGUGAUGAAGACGAUGACUGUACAUACCACUACACUGUUGAAACUGAUAGAGAUCUCACAGUUAAAGACUUGGUGGUUGAGGUGCUCAAAAAGAAAGACUGUCCUCCUGGGGGUCUGCUGUGGUUGUUGCCUCUCCUCCUGUUCCUCCUCUUACUGUUGGCACUUCUGCUACUCUGCUGCUGGAAAUACUGUGCCUGCUGCGCAGCCUGUUGGAAGAGCUGUCUCGCCCUGCUGCCUUGCUGUCAGAAAGGUCGCAUGGUGGGUUUCAAGGAAGAUGAGUAUUUGCUACGUCAGUCUCAGCUGUCUUCAGACUACCUGGACACACCGAUGGUGAGGACCGGCCCACCCAAAGGAACUGAUGUGGUCCGCUGGAAGGUCACAGAUAAUGUACACCGUGGGCCCAAUCACCCCCAGGCUCUAAUAAAACCAAACCCAAAAGAAAUGAUCCAGUUUCCGAUUUCUCUUCGACUGAACAGGUUGUUCUCUGAGAACCUGUCUCAGCCCGAAUCCAGAGAGUCUGAGCAACUCAGCAAAGACGUGGCUGACAAUUUAAAUGAGGUGUACAAGCAGAUUCCUGGAGCACAGAAGGUGCAGCAGACAUCAUUCAGAUUGCAGAGCAAUGCAGGAAAAAGGCAGGACUACACCAUCGUGGAUUCAGUCUUGACUGCUCCUCGCAGCAGCUACCAAGAUUUAGUCAAACUCACUGAAAAGAACACCCAGUCCGGAAACUUCAAUGACCUCAAAGUGGUACCAGGAUACUACACUGUGGCCUCAGACAGAGAGGCCGCAGGAGCCGUAGAGUUCCAAGAAGGUGUGGGGUCAGUUGAUGUUCACGUACCACUCUUUGUCAAAGAGGAAGAUGAUGACAAGAAGCAGCUGCAGGUCGAGGCCAAGGAUGUGCCUCUGGGCAUCGCAGAGAUUGGAAAACGCUUGGUUAAUAUCACCAUCAUCAAAGAGCAUGCCACCAGCAUCUUCUCAUUUCUCCAGCCAGCGUACACGUACAGCAGGCAGGACGGAGUGGCCAACAUCGCCAUCAGCAGAGAGAUCAUUGAGGAUGGACGCACGCAGGUCUCGUACCGCACACGAGAUCUCACAGCUAAGGAUAAGAAGGACUACAUGUUUGCAGAAGGAGACUUGUUCUAUGUUCCUGGAGAAACUCAGAAAACAGUCCCAGUUCGUUUGCUGGAACUGGGUGAGAAAGACAGCUUGUUGGAAGACAAACAGGUCAAGCAGUUUGUGAUGGACCUCAGUAACCCACGGCAGGGUGCCAAGCUGGGACGCUACCCUAGAACCACUGUCACCAUCACGGAUAAACCAGAACCAAGUGUGAUGAUGUUCAAAAAGGGCACUGAGAACUUCACCACAUCAGAUCCAAGCUACAUCAUCCCUGUGGUUCGUACUCGCAACCAAGACAGUACCGCCACUGUGAAAUGGCGCACCAAGAAGGCUCAGCGCUUCGAGCUUUCCGGUCCUCUCAAGUUUGGUCCUGGAGAGACGGAGAAGAACAUUGUGAUCAACCCAAAAAAUCACCCCGGUCCCAUCCAGCCAGAGACCUUCCAUCUGGAGCUUUUCGACCCAAGUAGCAACGCUUCUGUUGGAGAAAGAAGAACUACGAUUGUUAAUGUCACAGAGGGAGUUCCAAGAUCUCCAGAAGUUGCCCAGCUGCAGCAGAUGGGCUUCAUAAACCAGAAAGCCACCUCUCCUGGAGGUCACAUUCUCUCCCCAGAAAACCUUAAGGCCAAAGCAACUGGACCCAGAAACAUCCAUCUGAACUGGGACCCACCUCCUGGUAACCCCAUGGGAUACAAGGUGAAAUAUUGGAUAUAUGGCGACCCAGAGAAAGAUGCUGAGGUCUUGGACGUGAAGACACCUCAGGCUGAGUUAACAAACCUGUACCCCUACUGUGACUACGAGAUGCGAGUGUGUGGCUACAAUGCUCUGGGAGAUGGCUAUGAUACCGACAUCGUCUCUUGUCAGACACUGGAAGAUGUGCCUGGUGAACCUGGUCGCCUGGCCUUCAACGUCAUCAGUCCAACUGUCACUCAGCUCAGCUGGGCAGAGCCUGCAGAAACCAAUGGCAACAUCACCGCAUACGAGGUCAUCUACACACCGAUCGAUGAUGAACUGAAGCCAGUGGGAGCACCGAAGAAAGUGAUGAUUGACAAUCCUAAGAAACGAAUGCUGUUGAUAGAAAACCUCCAGAGUGCCCAAACUUAUCAAUACAAAGUCCGUGCCAAAAACAGCGUGGGCUGGGGCCCCUUCAGAGAUGCCUCCAUCAACCUGGCAUCACAGCCUGCCAGACCUCUAUCGAUUCCCAUUAUUCCAGACGUCCCUAUUGUGGAUGCCGAGGCAGGAGAAGAGUAUGACAGCUACCUGAUGUACAGCAACGAUGUACUGAAGUCACCAACAAGCUCCAAGACACCCAGUGUCACUGGUGAUGACUGGAAAUAUAUGAAGUUGGUGGGGUCAAACCUGGAUCUUCGUAAGGUGUCAUGGAAAAAGCGAGUGGAGAUCAUCCCUUAUCGGCUCAGCACAGACACAGAGGCGAGCUCAGACGAGGUCCCCCACCCCAGCAACACUCAAACACCCUUCCCAGAUUACACGAUGAAUGGGAAGUGGGAGCAGAACUUCCUUUUCCAGGGAGGGUCAGUGACACGCAACAUGUCGCCAUCAUCCUCUCCUAUGUCCACUCUGAGCUCUAACUACAGAGGGGCCGGUGGCUCAUUCACCACAGAGUCAACCACCACAUACAUGUCUGGACCUAGAAGCUCUCGUAAACAGAAUGUGAUUGGCGGAGGAGGAGUGCACUCAUCAGAAGUCAUCAUGAGGAAGCGUUCGGAAAACCGAGGUUACACAGAUGAAAAUAUCCGAGACUCUAUUGUGAUGGGAGAAGUUUCAAGCAGGUUCCCAGAUCUUGGUGGUUUCAGCUACACUGGGAUGCAGAGCAGUACUCAGAGCCAGUUCAGCUACAGCCUGUCUCAGGCUUCCAGGGCCACGACCCAACCGUCAGACAUCAAUGAAGCCUUGUAUAGUCUGGACAGGGUGCUCCAGGAUGCUCGGCUUUCUCCUGGUGUACCAGAAACCCCCAGCAGACUGGUGUUUUCUGCUCUGGGACCAACUGCACUCAAAGUCAGCUGGCAGGAGCCCCACUGUGAGAAAGACAUCCAGGGCUACUGUGUUCUCUACCAGCUGCUCAGUGGAGGUGAGACGAAGCGCAUCAAUGUGACCAACCCAGCAGAGAACUCUGUGAUCAUCCAUGACCUGUUGCCCAACCACUCCUACCUGUUUAAGGUGAAGGCUCAGAGCCAGGAAGGCUGGGGCCCAGAGAGAGAAGGAGUCAUCACCAUUGAGUCUGCUGUGGACCCCAAGAGUCCCCUCAGUCCUGUGCCAGGUUCACCGUUCACUCUGAGUACUCCCAGUGCUCCAGGCCCUCUGGUGUUCACCGCUCUGAGCCCUGACUCCCUGCAGCUCAGCUGGGAGAAACCUCGUAAACCCAAUGGAGACAUCUUGGGCUACGUGGUAACCUGCGAACAGCUGCACAGUGGAGGUGACGUUCGUUCCUUCCAGGUGAACGGCGACAGCGCUGAGACCAGUCUGACUGUUCCAAACCUGGCUGAGAACGUUCCCUAUAAGUUCAAGGUUCAGGCUCGGACCACGGAGGGCUUUGGUCCUGAAAGGGAGGGCAUCAUCACCAUCGAGUCUCAGGAUGGAGGGUCUUUAUCUCAGUACAACAACCAAUCAAUGAUGAGGAGGGAUGUUUUUCACAUGCCCACACAAGUCACCACACGAACCAACGUCUCCCACACCAUGCUCGAUGACCCUUACUUCUCAGAUGGGAUGAUGAUGACCACACAGCACACAGAGACCAGCGGCAUGGUGACCCGUCAGGUCACCAGGGAAAUGGUUCAAAGGAGUGUGAUGGGAGGAACUACCGUCACCAAGAAGAUGUUUUAUGAAACCUAAAAUAUAUAUUUUACUAAACCCAUACAGCAUUCAGAUUUCCAACACGAUGAGGAAUCCUAGAUGAGAAUCUCUUUUACAAAGAGUCUGCUUCAGACUACUGACCCACCACAGUGCAGGGGUUGAUACCUUUAUGUGGGAAGGAGAUUCUGCUUCUAAAAAGAGAGGAUGCCGCUUUCUCGUGUCUGUUACAAAUGUGAGCUUCAUUUUAACAUUUUAUAAUCGUUGCAGCGCUGCUCUUGACAUGUUUCAUUUCCAGUAUGCACUUCAUGUUAGCAGAUCUGAACAGAGGGAGUGGAGUCUAAGAGGGCUUUAACCCUUUAAAUUUCCCACCACGAAAAAAAUGUUUCUUUGCAUAUUUUUCUAUUUUCCUUGGAACAAUAAUAUUAAUAAUCAAUGUUUUUAACAAAUGGUUGCGAUGAUUAAUAAUAAAGAACAUAAAGAUAAAGAACAGCUAAAUGCUCAAAGUUUGAAAUAGCAAUUGAAUAAUUACUAUUUCAAAUUUCGUAUACAUACCCAAAUCCAGUGCUAGAGAUUUAUUUCCACUAACUUUUAAUUCAAUUUAUUACAGUCUGAAAAACUUUCUCAACUAAACAGUAGAGCAGGACCUUAAAGGGUUAAAGAGGUUGGUGCAGGCCAAUAAUCUGACUGAGGUUCAGUAAUCCAAAGUGACCUCCCCUCCUCCUUUCCUCCACCUUCCUCUAAGAGGUGUUUAUCUGUUUGGAUUUUUUCAGUUUAAAUUCAUCAAAUAUCAACUCAUGUUUUUUUGUUGUUUUUUUUUUGCUUGCAAAGUUUCUGAAAUGCAUCUGUUUCCAAAAUUCUUUCAUUUGUAUGUUCAUCUUCACACAUGUGAUCCAUUUCCUGAGGGAUCGGGCGUCACCGUGGUGCAUUUGGGAUUUUUGUGCAUAGAUUUGUAGUAUAUUGAAAUGUGAGAUUUUAUUUCAUCAAGCAUAUUUAAUAUUUUAAGAUCUUUACUUUUGAAAACUUAUACUGAAGUAGCUCAGAACACUGAGUUACUUCUGCAAACAUUUACAGGAAGCUUUCCUACUGACAAGCAAAUCAUUUUAAUAACACGAUCAAAAAUAUUUCAUGGGUUCAUUUUUUGUUUCUUUUCAGACGUCAUUACGAUGUCAUGUGGAUACUUUCAUCCUAUCUUCAUGUGGCUGUUUUCAUCGUUUUAGGUAACUCAGCAUCGGAACAGCGUUUCAGAAAAUUGGUGUUUGAAGACUGAAAGAUUGUAUUUGUUUCUACUGUGAGUCCUACUGUGGCUUCACAUGUUGUUUAAAAUGCUUUUGUAUAGAAUAUUUUUACCAGGAAGAAUAAUCCAGAUAAAUUUCAUAAAAUAAAAACCAAAUUAGUAUUGAUUUACUUUUAAAAAAAUUCUAUAAUGUGAUUUGAAUUAGUUGAGCUUUUUUUAGCAUGGUUUUUGUACACCCCUUCUGUUGCACUUAAUAAAGAUUUG